AUGGAUAGUUAUGGCGGUGGCGGGUACUUUGUAGACGAGAAAGCUGUACGGGUUGAGAAUAUCUUCCUGGAGUUCUUGAAGACUUUUAGAGUGGCCGAGGUGGGAUCUGGGAGGCACGAGCCUUACUAUGAGGCGGAGGUGGAAGCGAUGAGGCCCAACGAGUCCAAUACAAUGUUCAUAGAUUUCUCCCAUGUCAUGCGCUUCAAUGACGUCCUCCAGAAGGCCAUCUCCGAUGAAUUCCAUCGAUUCGAACCUUAUUUGAAGAAUGCUUGCAAGAGAUUUGUCCUGGAGCUCAAGCCCACCUUCAUUACUGAUGAUAAUCCUAACAAAGAUAUCAAUGUUGCCUUCUAUAAUCUUCCGUUGGUUAAGCGAUUGAGGGAGUUGACUACGGUUGAGAUUGGGAAGCUGGUUUCUGUGAGUGGAGUGGUCACUCGCACCAGUGAAGUUCGCCCGGAACUUCUUCAGGGCACUUUCAAGUGUUUGGAAUGCGGAAAUGUUAUUAAGAAUGUCGAACAGCAAUUCAAGUACACUGAGCCUAUUAUCUGCAUGAAUGCAGCAUGCCAAAACAGAACACAAUGGGCAUUGUUAAGGCAAGAUAGCAAAUUUUCCGAUUGGCAGAGGGUUCGAAUGCAGGAGACAUCCCAGGAGAUACCUGCAGGCUCCCUUCCUAGAUCACUUGACGUCAUUCUACGCCAUGAUAUUGUUGAACAAGCCAGGGCAGGUGACACGGUUGUAUUCACUGGUACCGUGGUGGUGAUUCCCGACAUUUUAGCAUUGGCUUCCCCAGGGGAGAGAGCUGAGUGUCGAAGAGAAGCAUCUCAGCGCAAGAAUGCUUCUGCUGGUCAAGAAGGUGUCAAAGGUCUCCGUGCAUUGGGUGUGAGAGACCUUUCCUACCGCCUAGCCUUUAUAGCCAAUUCCAUACAGAUUUGUGAUGGUAGAAAAUAUAAUGAUAUCAGGAAGAGGAGGGAUUCUGAUGAUGAUGAUUUUCAGCAGUUCACGGCAGAAGAGUUGGAUGAUAUCCGACAAAUGAGGAAUACUCCUGACUUCUUCAACAAAAUUGUUGAUAGCAUAGCCCCAACCAUUUUUGGUCACCAAGAUAUCAAACGAGCAAUUCUGCUUAUGCUUUUAGGUGGAGUCCAUAAAUUUACCCAUGAAGGAAUCAAUUUGAGGGGUGAUAUCAAUGUCUGUAUUGUGGGCGACCCCAGCUGUGCAAAGUCUCAGUUCCUCAAGUAUACAUCAGGUCUAGUUCCAAGGUCCGUCUACACAUCAGGGAAAUCUUCAUCCGCAGCUGGGCUAACUGCAACAGUGGCCAAAGAACCGGAAACCGGUGAAUUUUGUAUUGAGGCUGGCGCAUUAAUGCUAGCUGACAAUGGCAUCUGUUGUAUUGAUGAAUUUGACAAGAUGGACAUCAGAGAUCAGGUUGCCAUCCACGAAGCAAUGGAGCAGCAGACUAUAAGCAUAACUAAAGCUGGAAUACAAGCAACAUUGAAUGCUCGAACAUCAAUUUUAGCUGCUGCGAAUCCCACUGGGGGACGCUAUGAUAAGACCAAACCGUUGAAGUACAAUGUGGCUCUCCCUCCCGCCAUACUUUCAAGGUUUGAUCUUGUAUAUGUAAUGAUUGAUGAUCCAGACGAUCAAACGGAUUACCACAUUGCUCAUCAUAUUGUUAGAGUUCAUCAAAAGCAUGAAGAUGCACUUGCUCCUGCAUUUACAACUGCACAAUUGAAGCGAUACAUGUCAUAUGCAAAGACUCUGAAACCAAAGCUGAGCCCAGAAUCUAGGGAAUUAUUGGUGGAAUCUUAUGUUUCUCUUCGCAGAGGUGACACGGCUCCUGGUAGUAGAGUUGCUUAUCGCAUGACAGUGAGGCAACUAGAGGCACUAAUCAGGCUUUCAGAGGCAGUUGCACGGAGUCAUUUAGAUACUGAGGUGCAACCACGCUAUGUACGUCUUGCUGUGAGAUUGCUUAAGACAUCAAUUAUCAGUGUGGAGUCAAGUGAUAUUGAUCUAUCAGAGUUUCAAGACGAGUAUCAGCGUAGUGAUGAUGUCAUGGCUGAUAAUGGAGACAGUGUUUCUAGUCAAGCGAAAAAUUCAACUAGUGCAGCAACUCAGCAAGCUUCUGAGACUGGAGAAAGUUUAGGAGACGCUGGAAGCAGGCAAGGAAAGAAACUUGUAAUCAGUGAUGAAUAUUUUCAGAGGGUUACUCAAGCGCUUAUCAUGCGACUCAGGCAGCAUGAAGAAACUAUAAUUCAUGAAGGAACUGCCUUGGCUGGAAUGAGACAGAGGGAUUUGAUACAAUGGUAUGUAAAUCAGCAGAACGAGAAAAACAAUUAUAGCUCCAUGGAAGAAGCAGCAGCCGAAGUCAAAAAUGUGAAAGCCAUUAUUGAGAGCUUGAUAAGAAGGGAAGGCCAUCUGAUAGUUGUGGAUGAUGGUAGACAAGCAGCAGAGGAGGCUGAAAACGUGAGAUCCUCAUCCAGAGAUGAUAGGAUUUUAGCUGUAGCCCCAAAUUAUGUUGUUGAUUGA